AUGUAUAGUCAAACCCACCAACAGCAACAUGUCAUUAUGAAUGGUAGCCAGGCCCACCAGCGGUUUGGUAUGCAGAUCCCGAAGUUUCAGGCGCAGUCUCACCACCCACACCCCGCGCAGCAACCACACCACCACGCCCAUCAUAACCAGCCGCCUCAGCAUGUCGCCCACCAGCACAACUUCUCAAGUGGGGCUUUGACGUCGGCUACCCCUCAUUUCACCCCUAGCCACCUCCAGAAUGGAACACACACCAAUCUCGACGAAGAUAUUGACGAGUCUAUGAAUGAACAUUGGCAACAGCAGCUCCAGCUGGCUGCUGAGUCCCGGCAGGCCAGUUCACCCCACUACUAUGCUCGGGCCGUAGCACAGCAGACCAAGGGUAUUCAAAUCGCACCCAGUCAACCGGAGCCUCAAGAAAAUGGUGUCAACUGGAAGAACGGCGUUGCAAAGACGAAGUCUGCUUCACGACAAGGCUGGCAUGCGCUCGAUUUCGGCGGUCAAGGACUGCGGGCCCUGACACCGUCGCUGUUCAACUAUGUUUUCUUGGAAAAAUUGUAUCUGAAUCACAACAAAUUGAAGGUGGUGCCUCGGGAAAUUGGACAACUACGGAAACUUACCAACUUGGAUUUAUCGGGCAAUGACCUCACUGUGCUUCCUGAGGAAAUCGGCAUGCUCACGAACCUAAAACAAUUCCUUCUUUUCGACAACAAUAUUCGCACCCUUCCUUACGAGAUGGGUUAUCUCUACCGAUUGGAAAUCCUGGGAAUAGAGGGUAAUCCGUUAGAAGAUAUUUUGAAAGCCCAAAUCUUGAAGGAAGGAACUAAGGCUUUGAUCAAAUAUCUGAAGGAAGAGAUGCCAGAUACCCACGUUGAACCACCGGGCCGAGAUUGGCUCAUUCUAGAUGAAACCGCAUCUACUUCCCCCGACAAGAUAACCGUUCUUUCAUACAACAUACUUUGCGAUUCGUCUGCAACCCAAUCACACUACGGCUAUGCACCUUCCCGCGUUCUUUCUUGGGAGUAUAGAAGGCAAACAAUAUUGAAUGAGCUUAGGGCUCAUGAUUCAGAUAUUAUUUGCCUUCAAGAAAUCGACCAAGGGAGCUACAACGAGUUUUUCAGGGAGCAAUUGGCUUAUAGUGAUUACAAGGGCGUGUACUGGCCCCGAGGAAGGGCCAUGGGAAUGCAGGAGGAUGAUGCCAAGGGCGUUGAUGGAUGUGCCAUCUUCUUCAAGGGAAGCAAGUUCAUUAUUCUUGACAAGCAGGUCAUCAACUUUGGUCAGACAGCAGUGCGAAGACCGGAUGCCAAGGGUCAAGAUGACAUCUACAACCGGUUAUGGCAGAAAGACCACAUCGCCGUUAUUGUCUUCUUGGAAAACCGACAAACUGGAUCUCGGUUCAUCAUCGUCAACGCGCACCUCUACUGGGACCCUACUUUCAAGGAUGUCAAGUUGAUUCAAACAGCUAUCCUUAUGGAGGAGAUUACGAGGCACUCAGAAAGAUACGCCAAAUGGGCUCCUUGCACGGAUAAGGCCGCUUUCCGCUUCUCGGAGGCUGGUGCGGAGCAGUCCAUGCCCGAGCCUGCUCCUUCCGCGGAGUACGCUAGCGGUGAUCAAAUUCCGCUCUUUAUGUGUGGAGAUUUCAACUCAUCACCUGGCUCGGCCGCAUACAAUCUCAUCGCCAGCGGAGGACUUGCUGAGGAACAUCCGGAUCUGGAGAAACGGAUGUACGGAAACCUGAGCCGAGUAGGAAUGACGCAUCCCUUUAAGCUCAAGUCGGCAUACAGCUCCAUCGGCGAGUUGAGCUUUACAAAUUACACUCCAGAUUUCAAGGAUAUACUGGACUAUAUCUGGUAUACAUCGAAUUCUGUGCACGUUUCGGCGUUACUCGGGGAGGUGGACAAGGACUACCUACGGAAGGUGCCCGGGUUCCCUAACUAUCAUUUUCCAAGUGAUCAUAUCGCAUUGUUCGCGGAGUUUUCAGUUAAAGGUAAAAAGGGCAAGGUUGUGGAGGCGGACUUUGGUCCGCAACGGAACUGA